UUGUCCUCGAUAUUAAGGUGGUAUGAAUAAGUGUUCUGGAUGAACUAUCUAUAAACAGCGUCGAGUAGCGUUAAAGUUAAAAGGAAGAUAAAGACACACUUAUAUCGUGUUUACGGUAAAGAUGUCAUCUCUGUCGGAAAAAACGGAAGAUCAAAUACACGUAUCUAACGAAAAUGAAAUGUUUGUUCAACAUGUGUAGCAUAAAUCAAUGACGUCAGUAAUUUCCUAAUGAUUCCCUUAAUCUUACGGCAGAUGACAAACCACUGAGAAAAGCUUGCUUUUCGUUAUUAUUCGAUCGUUACAUAGAAAUAGAAUGUGAGAAAAGGAAGGAUUUAUAUAGAGAGCAGAUUUGUAAUGACGGUUGGAAAAAUUGAAAUAUUGUGAGUUAAAGGCGGAAUAAGAUAAUCGGUGAAUCGAAAGUCCCUGGGUGGAUGGUGAUGGCGAUGACGAUGGCGACGGUGAGAGCAAACCUCUACGAAGUUCGAUGUGUGUGACAUCACUCUUCAUUGUUGGAGGUUUACGUCAUUCUCAAGACUGGUCUUAAGUCGGUGCGCGCGAUCUACAGUAGUGUAGACACGCGUACAGACUAGUGGCGGGAAGUGAUAGAGACGAAAGAGGCGAAAAACAGGCGAAUUACCGUCGCGACUGCGCGAAACAUGUUGGACGUGUCGUUUUUCGUCAAAACGAAAUUAUUGUUCGUCCGGUAGUGCGAGUUUUCCCUUUAAACCGAAACUAAUAGCGAAUUAAUUGGAUAUAAGUAAGAAAAGGAGAAAGGAUACCGUGUCAAUGCGAACCGAGGAGUGAGGGUAACUAAGAAGGAUAGAGAGGAGAGGGUGAAAGAAAAAAAGAGAGAAGGCUCGCAAGAUAGAAAAGGAGAAGGAUACGAAGCGCGACGUUUAACAGUAGUAGCGCUGAUUUGUGAUUUCAUCGACGGUUACUGAUUUCGAGGGAGCUCGAUAUGAAUCGAGUCUAGUGAGUUUUCGAACUGUAGAGUACUUUUUCGCGCGGCAAUAAUAUCGCGUGCGGUGUCACCGAUAAUAUCGAAAAGAAUGUUCACGAGCAUGUAAUUUAUUUGUGAUACAUCCAAGCAGUCAGUGCCUCUUUGACGACGACGCGUUCUUACAUUUUAAAUAUAACGGUGUAUAAAUAAGUAUGAGCAAUAGCGGGAGUGCACAAUCAGAGAUCUCUCAUCGUUCAUUUUUCCAAAGAAUCUGAAUUUCAUUGCCGCGUGUUUUUUUUUAUUCGUCGUUGAGACUCGUCAACGAAUGCACGUGAAAUGCAGUCGGAAUCAAUGCGUUUCCCUUUGAAGUUUACCACAUAUGUUUUUCGUGCGUGGGCAUGCAGCACCGAACUAUCGUCAAGGUUAGUGUGCCUGACAGGCUCUCCAUCGCCUUGCGAACUUACGCUAGUUCUCAAUGGGUAGCAGUGAGUAGCUGCAGUAGGAAAAUUCAAAAUUCUCCUCUGUUGGAUGAUUAAGAGAUAAAUAUAUUGAAUGGGCAUUAAUCUCUUGCCUAAUCACACAUCAGUUUGAACAAUGAAGUCUUCCUAUAUAUCUGUUCAAGUUUAUGUCAACGGAUAUCGACAAAGUCUAUGGAAAAGAAACAUACGUAAUGUUGUCACUUGCAUACUGGGUGCAUAUACACAAAGAGUGGCGACUUACUAAAAAUUAUUUGAUUAUUGGUCCUCCUGCUUAUAUAAUGCUCCAAGAAAAUUAUAUUUUUGUCACUGAAUUGGCACAUUUGUGCAGAGAAAGAACAGCCGCUUCUAUGAGUACCAUUCGUCUGUUGCACUGUGAUGGAAAAGAUACUAACAACAAAAGCGCUUCAACGUUUAUUUCUACAGAUAGAAUGGCAUAUGAGGUAUUUCUGGGUGGAUCCUGUAAUCCAACCACAUGGAGGUCAGAAAUAGCGAUACCGACUCUACAGAGACUCGGGAUCACUUACUACAAUCCCCAAGUGUCGCAGUGGGGACCGGAAUUAAUAGCUCAAGAAUACGAAGCGAAACAAACAGCGAAAGUAUUACUCUUCGUAAUUGAUAAUCAAACACGCAAUAGCGCAGGCAUCAUUGAAGCAGCUCAGUUGGCAGCUACGCGCCGCGAGUCUUUAAUUCUUGUUAUUUAUCCGUAUCGUCAGGGUCAAACGAUACUUGGCGAAACUGUAUCUCUACAAGAAUAUUGUGACCUGAUGAAUGGAUUGCUAGUACUUCAGUAUCUGAUGGAGAGACAGAGGAUACCAAUAUUUGAAAGUGUAUCUGUUGCUCUGAAUUGUACAUCCAAGAUGCUACGUGAGGAAAUUAACGUGGAAGAUCUGCAUGCCGAUGAUGGUAUUAGGCCGAUUAAAAUAUCAUUCGGUCAAAAUGGAAUGGAUCUGGUUAUGCUCAGGGAGAUUUUCAAGUCUAUGGAUAUGAACGAUAAUGGGGCCGUCAACUUGGAAGAAGCUUGGAUAGCAUUACAAUCGAGUGUCAAGUGCAACGUACCAUCGAUGUCAGAGCUUCUUAGUGUCGUGAACAAGUCGGAAGCGUAUAGGACGUUGAUAGACGAUGGAUUUCCAGCGAAGAGGGAUCCAACGGAAUUACGGAUAAACUUCGAACAAUUUUGUGCCUUAGCUACCGAAUCAGCGUGGAGGACGAAGAGCAACGGCGUCUCUUGUGAAAGUGAGAUACCUUCAGUUUGGAGUAUUUUAUGUAGGAAGGCGUCGAAAUUUCUUCGCAGAGCUAUCGUGCAACCUUUUAACCGUUUCCUAGAUUGGACCAAUUUCUUCGUGCCAGAAUCCGAGAAGAGAGACUUGUACGUUGGAGUAAUCGGUAAAGAUCAGUUUUGGUUAGAAACGACCGCCAUACCCUCGAUCGAAUCUAUUGGAUUAUCCUUCUAUCGAUCAAGCCUGAACGAGUACAACGUAAAGGUGUUGCCACAAGAAUUGCAGAGGAUGAAAAAUUCACGGUUAAUAUUAUUGAUCGUACCGCAACAUUCGCGUGGUGUCACUAUAAUGGCAUUGGCAGCUCACCUGAUUGGAUUACGCGCAAAAUUAGUCCUAUGCGUUCAAGCGCUUCCCGAAGACUGCGUAGUUUCUGGUGAAAAGCUAACUGAACAAGCCAUAAAAGACUACAAUCGGGGAAGAAUGUACCUGUCGGACUACGCGACGCGCGAAGGUGUACCUGUUUUUCAGAAUAUCGCAGAUGCUUUGCAACAUGCGAUACAGCUAGUUCAGCAUCUCUGUUAAUUUUCUUCUUUUUUUUUACAUCCCUCCUUUUUACUCCUCCCUUUUUUUCUUUUAAUUUUCCUCAACCCCUUCCGUCCCUCUCCCGCCCCUACUCUUCUUCUUUUUCCUGUUUAUAUUUUUAUCUUUUUCUUUUUCUUUUUUUUUCAUACAAGUAAACUUUUCAAUUCACCAAUUAAUUUAUUUUUAUUAUUAGCGAUAAUGUUCAACUACUAAUCGAACAAACAAAAACAAAUUUGAGCUUGUCCUGAUUAAGUAAAGAAUCCAUCCAAUCAACAGUAACUGUGAGAUUUACGAUAAAUCUUGACAGUAUAUUAGCGAAAAAGAUAAUAGCGUUAUCUCGAUUUGUUAAAAUUGGGAAAUAUUUACAUUUCGAACACGCAACGGAUUUCAUUUUCAUGAAGUUGCUCGUAUCGAGUCAGCUACAUUAAACUAACUUGAAUUUGAAAUUUUCUCGCGGUAGUUGAACAUACAUUUUAUAGUGAUUCAACUCAAUAAUUUUGUAACCAUUUGAUAACUGGUUGAGGAUUGAUAUACGUGUAUUGUACAUAGAUUAUUAGCUGUUUCUAACGAUCUAAUGAUAAUUAAUUUGAAAUUUGUUAAAACGGAUGUAUGAGCAUGCGUGGGAGACGUUUGAUAGUAUUAAAUUUGUGUGCGUAAAUGUGGACAAAAGACGCGUACCUGUGUACAAACAGAAACCUUUAUCUAGCGCUACUUUAUACUAUAUUGUAUGCUGUGACGCAUAACGCGGAUCCGUAUUUCGUCCGUGGAUAACAGAAAUUACGAGGAAGUUGUAAUUCUAGAAUUCUAUCUAUGUACGAGAAAUAAGCAGGACAAACAAAAGUGAAAUUUAACUGUA